AUGGCAACCUUAAGGAAAAGCUAUGUACCAGAAAUUUUAUAUUUUUCCAAAUUUUUUAUGAACGCAUGUUUUAUUUCCCUUUUAAUAAUUACAGUGAAUUGUUUUAAUUAUGAAAACUUUGUAUGUAAGGAUAAAGGAAUAUAUAAUGAAAAGAUAGUGAUAAGAUAUAAACGAUGUUUAGCAGAAGGUAAUAAAAAUUUCUUUUUUAAUAAGGACAAUGGGGUUUUUGGAAAAUCAUCAAUGGAUUAUUAUACUUUAUUGGGAGUUGAUAAAGGGUGCUCAGAAGACGAUUUAAGAAGAGCAUAUUUAAAGCUAGCCAUGAAAUGGCAUCCUGAUAAACAUGUUAACAAAGGAUCCAAAGUAGAAGCAGAAGAAAAGUUUAAAAAUAUUUGUGAAGCUUAUAGUGUUUUGUCAGAUAACGAGAAAAGAGUAAAAUAUGAUUUAUUUGGAAUGGAUGCUUUAAAACAAUCAGGAUUUAAUAGUUCAAAUUUUCAAGGAAAUAUUUCAAUUAAUCCGUUAGAAGUAUUUACAAAAGCUUAUAGUUUUUAUAAUAAAUAUUUUUCAAAAUCUAGUGGUGCUGGAAAUCAUAAUAUAUUUACUCAUAUUAAAAAUUUAUACCCUUUGAGGAAUGACUUUUCAGAAGAUGAGAGCAGUUAUAAUGACGUGGAAGAAUAUGAAGUACCCCUUUACGUUACAUUAGAAGAUUUAUACAACGGGUGCACAAAAACAUUAAAAGUAACAAGAAAGAGAUAUGAUGGAUGCUACUUGUAUUAUGAGGAUUAUUUUAUAAAUGUCGAUAUAAAACAAGGAUGGAAUAAUGGGACGAAGAUUACUUUCCAUGGGGAAGGUGACCAGAGUUCUCCCGAUUCUUAUCCUGGUGAUUUAGUUUUAGUAUUACAAACAAAAAAGCAUAGUAAAUUUGUAAGAAAGUCUCGAGAUUUAUAUUAUAGGCAUAUAAUAACCUUAGAGCAAUCAUUAACAGGAUUUGAUUUUGUUAUAAAAUCAUUAGAUAAUAGAGAUAUACAUAUACAAAUAGAUGAGGUGGUAAAACCUGACACAAAGAAGGUUAUAAAAAAUGAAGGAAUGCCUUACUCAAGAGAUCCAAGUAUUAGAGGAAAUUUGAUUGUUGAAUUUGAUAUUAUAUAUCCUAAUACAAUAAAAAAGGAGCAAAAAAAAUUGAUAAAAGAGAUAUUUAAAGAGAGUUAUUAA